UCGGUGAUGUCAAUCUACCACACGGCCCCAUCAUCUUCGGUCCCGAGUCAACACUCAACACUACUCUAUUUCUUCGGGGGUGUCACUAUAAAUAGAAAAGAGGCCCCAAAAUGGCUACCAUUGUUGUGUCUUUGGCUACCACACUCGUUGCUGCUUCGUCUUCUCGUUCUUUUUCGUCGUCCUUGUUUUUCACCAGGCUACGGUCUUCGACUGCUCUUCGGGUUUCUUUUGCGGUCUCACCCUUUUGCUCUCGCAGAGAUCGGUUCAUGGCUCACACGCUCGCCCCGGACACUCUCGGGCUCACUUUGCCUGCCAACGUCGAAGCCCCAAAGAUCUCGUUUGCUGCGAAAGAGAUUGAUGUGACGGAAUGGAAAGGAGACAUGCUUGCAGUGGGAGUAACAGAGAAAGACAUGUCGAAGGAUGAUAACUCAAAGUUUGAGAAUUCACUUUUGAGGAAGCUAGAUUCUCAGUUGGGUGGUUUGUUGGCUGAAGUCUCUUCUGAGGAGGAUUUUACAGGAAAGACUGGCCAGUCAACGGUUCUUAGGCUUCCGGGUCUUGGCUCGAAGAGGGUGGUUUUGAUUGGUCUUGGACAGGCUGCAUCAACUACGGCUGCUUUUCGGGGUCUUGGUGAGGCUGUUGGAGCAGCAGCCAAGGCUGCUCAAGCAAGUGAUGUUGCUGUCGCUCUGGCCUCUUCUGAGGGGCUCUCUGCUGAAUCAAAACUUUAUACGGCUACAGCAAUAGCAUCUGGAACUGUGCUCGGGUUAUAUGAAGAUAAUAGGUACAGGUCAGAGUCCAAGAAACCAGCUCUUAAGUCUGUGGACAUUCUUGGUCUUGGAACUGGACCUGAUCUGGAAAAGAAGCUCAAGCAAGCGGAAGAUGUUUCUUCUGCAGUGAUUUUUGGGCGAGAGCUUGUGAAUUCACCGGCUAAUGUCCUCACCCCUGCGGUGCUGGCAGAAGAGGCUUCAAAGAUUGCUUCCUUGUACGGUGAUGUUUUUUCUGCUACAAUUUUAAAUGCUGAGCAGUGCAAAGAAUUGAAGAUGGGGUCGUAUCUGGGUGUCGCUGCAGCCUCUGCAAAUCCCCCUCACUUCAUACAUUUGCAUUACACACCUCCAAGUGGACCUGCCAAAGUCAAGCUGGCCUUAGUUGGAAAAGGGUUGACCUUUGACAGUGGUGGCUACAACAUCAAAACUGGACCUGGCUGUUCCAUUGAGCUCAUGAAAUUUGAUAUGGGGGGUUCAGCAGCAGUUCUAGGGGCGGCAAAAGCUAUUGGUUUAAUUAAACCACCAGGAGUAGAGGUUCAUUUCAUUGUGGCAGCUUGUGAGAACAUGAUAAGUGGAACAGGCAUGAGGCCUGGAGACAUUGUUACGGCCUCAAAUGGAAAGACCAUUGAGGUUAAUAACACUGAUGCUGAGGGCAGGCUUACACUGGCUGAUGCUUUGGUAUAUGCUUGUAACCAAGGUGUUGAGAAGAUAGUUGACCUGGCAACUUUAACAGGGGCUUGCGUAGUGGCUCUUGGCCCAUCAAUUGCAGGUAUCUUUACACCCAGCGAUGACUUGGCCAAGGAGGUAUUGGCAGCUUCGGAGGUCAGUGGGGAGAAACUUUGGAGAAUGCCUUUGGAGGAAGGUUAUUGGGAGUCAAUGAAAUCGGGUGUAGCUGAUAUGGUCAACACCGGCGGUCGUCCCGGUGGUGCUAUCACUGCUGCUCUCUUCUUGAAGCAGUUUGUUGAUGAGAAGGUUCAGUGGAUGCAUAUUGACAUGGCUGGCCCGGUUUGGAACGAUAAGAAACGCAGUGCAACAGGCUUCGGCAUUUCUACUUUGGUGGAGUGGGUUUUGAAGAACUCUUCUUAGAUACAGAGGUUGAAGUAUAUAUAUAUAUAUAUAUAUAUAUAUAUACCAUUGGAAUCUCAUACACAUCUGCCAAUUAGCGGGAAGGAUGAAGCAGGUGCAUCUUGAGUUUCUAACGAUGAGAGUAGUUGAAAUGAAUAAAUUGUUGGAGGAGUUGAGAAAUGAUAAGCUGUAGGCACAUCCUUGCUUGAGUUGGUUGCAGUAAAUGAAAACAACUUCAAUCUGCUUGAAAUUUGAAUGGUCUAUAUAAUUAUUUCUUUGUUUUCUUUCAACAA